CAGCCAUUUCCGGUUUCGGAGAGGUGGGUGCGGUGCGGAGCGGGAGUUGGCGCCGCCGCCGCCUCCAGAGCCUGUCUUGCUGCCGGGUGCUGCCGGGAGGAUGCGGCCGGAGCCAGGAGGCUGCUGCUGCCGCCGCCCGAUGCGGGCGAACGGCUGCGUGAAAAACGGGGAAGUGAGGAACGGGUACUUGAGGAGCAGCACCGCCACCAUCGCGGCUGCGGGCCAGAUUCAUCAUAUUACAGAAAAUGGAGGACUGUACAAAAGACCGUUUAAUGAAGCUUUUGAAGAAACACCCAUGCUAGUUGCUGUGCUCACAUACGUGGGCUAUGGUGUACUCACCCUCUUUGGAUAUCUUCGAGAUUUCUUGAGGCAUUGGAGAAUUGAAAAGUGCCACCAUGCAACAGAAAGAGAAGAACAAAAGGACUUUGUGUCCUUGUAUCAGGAUUUUGAAAACUUCUAUACAAGGAACCUCUACAUGAGGAUCAGAGACAACUGGAAUCGACCCAUCUGUAGUGUGCCUGGAGCCAAGGUGGAUAUCAUGGAGAGACAGUCUCAUGACUACAACUGGUCAUUCAAGUACACAGGGAAUAUAAUUAAAGGUGUAAUAAACAUGGGUUCCUACAACUAUCUUGGAUUUGCGAGGAACACUGGAUCAUGUCAGGAAGCAGCUGCUGAAGUUCUCAAGACAUAUGGAGCAGGGGUGUGCAGCACUCGCCAGGAAAUUGGGAACCUGGACAAGCACGAGGAACUAGAGAAACUGGUAGCAAGGUUCUUGGGUGUGGAAGCUGCUUUGACCUAUGGCAUGGGAUUUGCGACAAAUUCAAUGAACAUUCCUGCUCUUGUUGGCAAAGGUUGCCUGAUUCUGAGUGAUGAGCUGAACCAUGCAUCCUUGGUUCUAGGAGCCAGACUGUCGGGAGCAACCAUUCGAAUCUUCAAACACAACAAUAUGCAAAGCUUGGAGAAGCUUUUAAAAGAUGCCAUUGUUUAUGGUCAGCCUCGGACAAGAAGGCCCUGGAAGAAAAUCCUAAUCCUCGUGGAAGGCAUAUAUAGCAUGGAAGGGUCUAUUGUUCGCCUUCCUGAAGUGAUUGCUCUCAAGAAGAAAUACAAGGCAUACUUGUAUCUGGAUGAGGCUCACAGCAUUGGGGCUCUUGGCCCUUCAGGGCGUGGUGUAGUAGACUACUUUGGCCUGGAUCCUGAGGAUGUAGAUGUUAUGAUGGGAACAUUCACAAAGAGCUUCGGUGCUUCAGGAGGAUACAUUGGCGGCAAGAAGGAGCUGAUAGACUACCUACGCACACAUUCUCACAGUGCUGUGUACGCCACGUCAAUGUCACCACCUGUGAUGGAGCAGAUCAUCACCUCCAUGAAGUGCAUCAUGGGGCAGGAUGGCACCAGUCUUGGCAAAGAAUGUAUCCAGCAGUUGGCUGAGAACACCAGGUAUUUCAGGAGACGCCUGAAGGAAAUGGGUUUCAUCAUCUAUGGCAAUGAAGACUCCCCGGUGGUGCCUUUGAUGCUCUACAUGCCGGCCAAAAUUGGCGCCUUUGGGAGAGAGAUGCUGAAGCGGAACAUUGGUGUAGUUGUGGUGGGAUUUCCUGCUACCCCAAUCAUUGAGUCCAGAGCCAGAUUUUGCCUGUCAGCGGCUCAUACCAAAGAAAUACUUGACACGGCUUUGAAGGAGAUAGAUGAAGUUGGGGAUCUGCUGCAACUGAAGUACUCCCGCCACCGGCCGCUGCCUCUGCUGGACAGGCCCUUUGACGAGACUACCUAUGAGGAGACAGAAGACUGAGCCUUUCUGGUGCUCCCUAGAGGGGGAUGCUUCCUCCCAGGACAGUGUGUGGCCUUUCUGAGCCAAUCCCAGGAGCCACACUUCAGUGACCACUUCAUGUGAAAGACAUUUCCCAAGUUACUGAAGAUGGCCACCUCCACUCCAAAUGGCAUUUUGUAAAUAGUAAAAAAACAAACUGCUUCACAUUCUUCCUUUGUUUGCUAAGUCUCACACACAUACACACACACAUAUAUAUAUGAUUACUUUGUCCAUUAAAAAUGUUUUAUUUUAUAACUAUUCUACUUGUGAAAUCACGCUGACCCUUGCCUGUGGCUUCUGGAACAGGCAUUCCCCACUGCAGUCACCUCAUAGGCUUGGAUGCAUCAAGACCUACUUCAGGCCCUGGCUCUCCAGCCUUGAGACUCACUGGCCCUCUCCCUAGGGAGCAAGUGCCUUCUGCUGACUUCCCGCCCGGGUCUCAGAGGUUGUCCCCCUUGUAAUCCCUUUUUAACCAGUCGAGUUAACCAACCAAAGCAUUCUGUCUUUAGUCUUAAGGUAAACGUAACCAAGACCCAAUGGCUUAUGUGACUCCUCCUGGCCAAGGACUUCCUAAAACUGGUCUCUUUUUGUUGUUGUUCUGUUCAUCAAAUAAUUUAUUCACUAUCAGAUCUUUCUUCAUAUGAUCUCUGAAGAUGUAUCUCAUGAUUUAGUUCUCCCUGAGAUCUAACCCUAAUGCUUCCCACCUCCAAAGUUACAACCCCCUCUGGCUCAUUCAGGGUCCAGAUUAAGAUUUGACCAGUAAAGGCAAGUGUUGGUCAGUCCUUUGCUCAUGUCCCACUUCACCAUUAGUGGGGUAAGCUUUCUGUGUCACUGACCCACUUGAACAAUGCUCUUCCAAAGGCCAGCUCUUCUACUCCUCCUAUGCUAACAAGAAUUUACCCAGCAUCUGGGCUGGCUUCUCUUGUGCUUCCAUUGUAUUUCCCCCCUUUGAGGAAUUCGUCAAAUACCUCUUUCUUAGACUGGAAUAGCCUGUUUUCCUGUCUCCACUGGGUGAGGGGCUUCAUCCAGAGCUUUGUGCUGCUUGACCAAAGAACACAUCCGAGGAGCACCGUUUUGAAGUUAAUUUUUUUUCUUUUGACCAAAGCAUAAUUGAAGAGAACUUUUGACUUUAUUGUACUGAAGAUGAAUUUGUCUUUUAGUACUGAUCAAGUGUUAUAAGGAAGGAUUGAGAACAGAAUGAGGAAAAACUGUUUAGAAGUCAUUUUGUAUGUCAUUCUUUAAAGUUAUUAUUAUUACUGAUAAAGAUGCUCAAACCAAGUUCUUCUGGGGACCGUCAGCUGCAGGUACAUGGAAGAGAAGCAGUAUCAUUUGUGAAGCUGUUUUCAUGCCUUGGAUCUUUGGCCCUCUUGGCAUCUGUGAGCUUUCAGCCCUUGAGAUAUUGUAAGGUUGUAUGUGGAGGUUUUAAAGAAUAGACAUGGGUGAACAGGCUGGGUGUGGUAACCUUUGCCUUUAAUCCCAGAUCUCAGAAGGCAGAGGCAAGCUAAUCUCCUGCCGGUUUGAGGUCAGCCUGGUAUACAUAGAGUUCCGGGAUAGCCUGGGUUGCAUAGUGAAACCUGGAGAGAGAGAGAGAGAGAGAGAGAGAGAGAGAGAGAGAGAGAGAGAGAGAGAGAGAGAGAGAGAGAGAGAGAGAGAGAACACACACCAUAGAAAGAAGCAAGAACUUCAUGUAUAAAAAGAUUCCAUAACUAAAUCCUAUAAAGCUCAAACACCUUCCUCCCUUCCCCUGUAGAAGCCCACGGGAAUACCAAGUAUUUUGCACAGCACUAUUUGAUAGUGCAGCAUAGGGCUUGCAAAAGUAACAAACCUUAAGCAAUGAACAUGCCCACUAGCCUCUGAGCUUACAUGAAAUCACUUCAAAUUAAAAUGCUACUCCAGGCAUUUAAAUAUUUCUGUAUGUAUCUUGGUUGGUGCAAAGUUUAUUUCGGGCUAAAUGUAAUUAAGUUAAAGUUUUUUAUUGUUAUUGUUUGUUUGGAUGUUUUGUUGUGUCUUUGUUUUGAGGAGACAAAGCCCCUGUGAUCUGCCCAUGAUCUCUAUUUUCUAGAGGUCAGAAUGGCUUACACACUUUAUAUGUGGCUGGUUAUUUGUAAAUCUGUAAUAGACAUCUCCGGCCCAGUCAUGUCAUGGGUGAUUAUCCAGACUUCUGGGGAGACAGAGUGUAUACUGGUCUGACGUUUGAGAGUGGGGAGAUGUCUGGGCCUGAGACAGAUUCAGGCAAUCACAGGUCAGUCAUCAUCACCAGAGCCGACCGUACUGUGCCUCAUGCCUUUCAUUUAUCAUUGCCCUCACACGUCUCGUGUUUAUAAGACCCAUUUCACAGCGCCCAUCAGGAACCAGAAGGUAAUCAGAAUCAUGCAGAAGAUUUGGUAGGCAAAAUAUAUAAAAUAGAGGUAAAUAAAUUUUAAAUUUUUUUGGGAAAAACAGUAGCCAGCCCUCUUCGACCUUUCAUUCACUGUCUUCAACUCUUCUGACCCAGGCAGGCUUUCAAAAUGAGCUUCCUUGUGGCCUCACUUCUGGCCUACACCCUCUCAUAGGCUGAAGGGUAGAGCAUCCUCAGAGAUCUGCCUCUGGUCCCUUACUCCUCAUUCUGUAUCUUGUUGGUGGUUGGGAGUCCCCCUCCAGAGAAGACUGACAAGUGCUGGUGCAGCAUCUGGGGAGCUGUCGGGCAGAGAGCCUGCUCUUUGCUUGUACAACCCUGCACCUCAGCGUUUCUUCCCUUAUUCAUUAAGGGCAUCCAUAUCUGAGUCUCUGUUGACUGGCAGGGUAUGGCCACAUCACCUGGUGUGUAAUGUAGCUGGCAAAAAUCAGGAUAAACCUCUGCUUAGAUGUCUUGACCCGUUGGACAAAGAGGGGAAUGAAACCUGCUACCACCUGCUUUCAGAAUUGAUGAAUCUACCUAAUUGCAGUAUUUUGACAAAACCCAUAGGAAUAUAAAUAAAUUGUUGCUAGGGGUCAGAUAUGGUACACACCUGUAAUCCCAAUACUCAGACCACAGAAGCAAAAGGAUCUUCUAGAAUUCUAGAUUAUCCUGUGCUACCAAGUGAGACUCCAGAAAGAACAAAAAAGGUGGAUUGCUAUGACUUAAUGCCCAAGCACUGCUCUCCCAGGGUUCUAGCUAAGACACAGAUGGGUGUUCCUGUCUCUUUGCUUCCAGUAUGAGGUUAGUUAGGAAAAGAAGAGCAGUGUCUUUCCUCUCCGCCUGUGCUGUGCUGAUCAGGAGCUGUUGAGUAUUUCUCACAGGUAAAAUCACCUUAGCCAGGACCCAUGAAGAGAGGGUUUAUGAAAGUCAAGAUUCUGCUUGGCAGUUUGUCAAAGAAUCUAUAGACCCCCACCUCUUCCCUCAGUUCAAGAACCUAUGGAUUAGCUAUUACCUGCUUAACAAUAAACUCAGUGCCCAGCAUGCGUCCUAAUCCACUAAGCCAGUCAAUCAAAAUACCUUCCAUGUGGUGAAAAGCAUGUCCUCCCUCCCCUCAGCCUUAUCCACAUGAGAUGUGCACUCUGGCUUCCAGCCAGCUCAGAGGGUAGAGAGAAAUGCCAGGGCUCUGUGAUCCCCUAUCUUGUCUACAAAAAACUAUUUCUGUUCUAGUUUCCCGUGACUUGUUUUCCAAGAUGCCUUUUGCCAUAGAUUGAAAGGUUUCUAGGAAGGAAACAAGCACGGCAACCCGCAUAAGCCCUAAGGAUGAGCACUUUCACCUCUGCAGAGGCUGAAGAUUCACAUCCACAGUUCACCUUAGGAGCAGCUUCAUCGGGGGCGCUUCGAGCAAGGUUUUGUUUACUAUGGUAUGGCCUUAAACUGUUAGCGUUUUCUAGUGUGAUGAAUUAUAAUAAGCUGACCCUGAAGAAUGCUGUGCCUCUUGCCUCGUGUCACAGUUUUUAAAGAAGCAAUGCCUAAGGCUUUGUUCUUUGGGAGCAGUUGUUGGAGACGGAAUGAAAGGUGCUUACAAGAACAGCACCCUGAUGUGCUCAGAGUCUGUUCCUUGUGCCCUCUGCACUCUUUCUAUGGGCAAGGAACCCCAGCUAACUCAAAGGCCAGCACAAAGACCAGGUCAUUCCUGAUUGAUCAGCAUAGGCCUUCCAACUGAGUAGAGGAUGCACCACCAAGUGUGGUGGAGUUACCUUCCCCAUGACAUUGUACGUCAGGAUUAGUUGGCCAGUAAACUAAGGAAUUGAAAGCUUCCUUACUGGUUCAUUCUUCACAGGACAUGGAGACCUCCUGUUAGUUUGGCCUGCAUGCCCACAGUCUUGAUGAUGCUUCUCUGUAGGCAGCUAACAAUAAGGGAUGGGGGAAAGAGAAGAGAUCAGGUGUCCAUGGGAGAGUUGAAUUAGGGUGGUCUUGGUGAUCCAUGUUUACUGAAGGCUGGAGUCUGCAAGGUGUACUAUGACACUAACCCUUUUCCUUGUUGUAAUGUUAUUAUCAUCUGGGAAUGUGAGAUUUUUAAUUUUAGUAAUGUCUUACAAAUAAUCACUCUUCUGUAGCCUCCUACCUUCUUGCCAGAUGUCUUUUUUAUCAUCAUCAUCAUUAUUAUUAUUAUUAGUAUUAUUAUUUCACUUUAUAUUGGAUGACUGUGAAGCUAUACAUAGUAGGUUGUGGAGGAUAUCAAUUUUCAGAGUGCAUGUUAAGAAUUAAAGAAGACCUACUUGAGAUGAAUCAUCCCAUAUUGUUUUGCCCUAAUAAAAUAUUCAGAAAUAU